CUGAUUGUCAAACUUGUCAAUAAACUUUAAGGUUAUAAAAUUAUUAUUUCUCAAAUAAUGUAAUUUAAACCAAAAUAUACACAUUUAGUGUUGAACAAACUUCAAAUUGCACUCGUGAUUCUUAUAAAAUAAAUAUAGUUGGGUUAAUUAUCUAGCAAAAUUAGGUUUAUUUGAGGUUAUGCAUCUGAUUUAAAACGAUUCACAUAGCAGUUCCAAAAAUGCCAGAGCCCUCAGAAAACAAGGCUGAAGAUAACAAAAAAGAUGAAUCCACAGAACCUCAAAACCAUACACCAGAAAUACCAGUAGAUGAAAAGUGGCUGAUAAGAGAAUGUGACCUAUACAAGGAUGAAUACAAAGAAUGCACAAGUAUACGCGGCAGAUUUCACCAGUACUUCAUUUAUGGAGAUGUCUUGAACUGCAACCAGUGGAAGAAAGAUUAUGACAACUGCUGCAAGUGGACAGAUAAGGAAGAUACAAAGGCUGGGCUAGCAGUAAUAGAGAGUGAAAAAGAACGGCGCAUGCAGAGACUAAGGGCGCAUUACAGAAAUGAUAUCUGGAAGAAGAGGGAUGGCCCUCCACCGGACUGGUCCGCCCCUUUGCCUGACUGGAUGGUGAAGAGGGACGCCAACACUUACCUCGCCGCCAGAGCACAAGAGAUGAGGGAGGGGAAACCUGAGGAGGAGCCUUAUAAAGGAUAUUGUAGUAUUAUGUGAUAGUCAAAAGUUACCUCUUAGCAAAAUAUAGGUUUUAAUAAUUUA